GGGUAAUUAGUGAAUGUAACAAACUUGGAUGUCGGUUUCAUGUUAUGUGUUCUGUUUGUAGUAAUAAAAUCAUGUUAUGUUUCAUGUUAUGGGUUGUAUGUCUUUAUGUUUCAAUGUUAUAAAUGUUUCUGUUGUAUGUGAUAUAUGAUGUUAUGUUAAUGCUCAAUGUUCUGUUUCUUGUUCAAUGUGUUAUGUUUGUGCUCAAUACGAUGUGUUUCACGUUUUAAUAAUUGUGUGUUCUGUUUCUUUGUGCAGAGAUAUGAAGAGAGUGUCAUGAGAUGUCUGGAAGUAGACACAAGAUGGACGUUUAGUCACGAGAGGUUUGUUUGUUUGUGUCACGUUCGGUCACAAGAGCAUGCAGAGAUAUGAAGAGAAGUUUGUUUGUUUGUGUCACGAGCUGUGUGUAUGUGGGCUUGCUGUUUCUAGUUUGUUGUUUUCCUAUAGUCACGAGUGUAAUAUGAUACGUCUUUGGUUAUAUAAACGGUUCAUUCACCAAGCAUUUGAAUGAGAAAUUAUUCUUCUCUUCCUCUCACCAACUACCAAAGAAUAAAUUGUUGCUUCUUCUCCUUCUCUCCCAAAGUUUCAUUCUUUACUUUCCUUUCUCUCCAAAAUUUAAAUAAAUUUCAGUCUCUCCUUGAAACUUAAAUUUUCUUAAAAACUUUCCAUAUCUUGAUCACAAAUAUGGCUUCGUCAUCUCAUCACACUUUUGAGGGAGAGGGAGAGGGGGUUGAUGAUGAAACGUUUGAUCAAUAUUUCGAUCAAACUCUUCAAAAUUUAUCCAUUGAGUGUGAUCGAGAAGGCGAAAGAAAAAAAAUAAAACAACGAGUCCAUAUCGAACGGAAUCGUGAAGAAGGCGAUAUACGUUUAUAGAAUGAUUAUUUCAGUGAAACUCCGACAUAUCCUAAAAAACUCUUCCGACGACGAUUUAGAAUGAACAAGUCAUUGUUCAUUCGUAUUGUUCAUCGACUCUCCAAUGAAGUUGAAUACUUUCGACAAAAGAAAGAUGCUCUCGGAAGGCUUGGUCUCUCUGCACUUCAAAAGUGUACAGCCGCCAUUCGUGUCUUGGCCUAUGGUUCUGCGGCUGAUGCUGUUGACGAAUACCUCCGCCUCGGUGAAACUACCACUCUUGCAUGUGUGGAACAUUUUGUAGAAGGAGUAAUAAAUUUAUUCGGCGAUGAGUAUCUAAGAAGACCAACACCGGCUGAUCUUCAACGUCUACUUUAUAUUGGUGAGCAACGUGGAUUUCCCGGGAUGAUAGGAAGUAUCGAUUGUAUGCAUUGGGAGUGGAAGAAUUGUCCCACCGCUUGGAAAGGGCAAUAUUCACGUGGUUCGGGAAAACCCACAAUCGUUUUAGAGGCGGUCGCUUCGUAUGAUCUUUGGAUAUGGCAUGCGUUUUUUGGACCUCCAGGUACCUUAAAUGAUAUCAACGUUCUUGAUCGCUCACCUGUUUUUGAUGACAUUAUAAAAGGUCAAGCUCCGCAAGUUACUUACUUUGUCAAUGGAAGAGAGUAUCAUUUGGCUUACUAUCUCACUGAUGGUAUUUAUCCGAAAUGGGCAACUUUUAUCCAAUCUAUUCCAAUACCACAAGGUCCGAAAGCGACUUUAUUUGCUCAACAUCAAGAAGCUGUCCGAAAAGAUGUCGAGCGUGCUUUUGGAGUCUUGCAAGCUCGUUUUGCCAUUGUUAAAAAUCCAGCACUUUUUUGGGAUAAAGCCAAAAUUGGGAGGAUUAUGAGAGCAUGUAUCAUACUCCAUAAUAUGAUAGUAGAAGACUAACGAGAUGGAUACACUCAUUUUGAUGUGUCAGAGUUCCAACCAG